CGGGCGGCCAGAGCGGAGCUCGAUCCAGAGCCGGGCGGGCGGGCAGCGAGCAUGGCCGCGGCGGGCAGGGUGCUGGUGUACGGGGGCAGAGGGGCGCUGGGGUCCCAGUGCGUGCGGUACUUCAAGUCCAAGAACUGGUGGGUGGCCAGCAUCGACCUGGCGGAGAACGAGGACGCCAGCGCCAACGUGGUGGUGGGGACCACCGAGUCCUUCCCCGAGCAGGCCGAGCAGGUGACAGCAGCAGUUGGAAAACUUCUUGGUGAAGAAAAGGUGGAUGCAAUCCUGUGUGUAGCAGGAGGAUGGGCUGGAGGCAGCGCCAAAGCUAAAUCUUUAUACAAAAACUGUGAUCUGAUGUGGAAGCAGAGCGUUUGGACAUCCACUAUCUCCAGUCACCUCGCCACGAAACACCUGAAAGAAGGCGGCCUCUUGACUUUGACGGGAGCUCAAGCUGCUUUAUCUGGAACUCCAGGGAUGAUUGGCUACGGCAUGGCCAAAGGAGCGGUGCAUCAGCUUUGCCAGAGUUUAGCUGGUGCCAACAGUGGCCUACCAUCUGGUUCUGCUGCUGUUGCUAUUUUACCGGUUACCUUAGAUACACCAGCAAACAGGAAAUCAAUGCCUGAUGCAGAUUUCAGCUCCUGGACUCCCUUAGACUUCAUUGCUGAAACAUUUUAUGACUGGGUAACAGGAAAGAGUCGGCCCAACUCGGGGAGUCUAAUCCAGGUGGUAACUACAGGAGGGAAGACUGAACUCGUGGCAGCACAUCUUUGAUGUCAGUCACUGAAGAGAGUGGAACUUCAGCAAAGGAGAAGCUAUGGAAGAUCUCUCUGCCAGUGUAAUUGGAUGGUAUUCUGUGUCCAGUGAUUGCAGCUAUGUCAUUAAUGGAACCAGAUUUCAAGUAAUAUUUCUGUGCUGUCAGUUGUGUACUAUCUGCAUUCGUUUAUCAACAAGUAUCAAGUAUUUGUCUCUAAAUUAAAGUUGCAGGCUUUAGAGUCUGUAGGUGUCCUGAUUCUGAGCAUUAUAUGUCAGCUUACCCAUUUUCUCUGAAAUGGGAAUUGUGCUUAAUUAUGUCAUGUAAUCACAUAUAUAAUGGUUGGAUUUGUUUUCUCGGUCAGUCAGUGUUUCUGGUAAUUUACUGUAAAUCUUUCAGUAAUCUGUCUUUUCCUGUCUGAGAAUAUAACUCCCCCCCAGCAUAUAAUAUUGGCUGCAAUUAUAGAAAAUGUUACAGUCAUAUAUAAUGUCCUAGUCUCGUAAUAUUUUUCUUGUGAAUGUUCCACUUGAGUUAAUGGAACUGUAUAGAGAUUACUCACUUGAGGAGGAGUUCCUAAUUUGCCUUACAGUUUAAAAGCUGCUAUCAGGCCUACAGUUGUAGGAUAAAACAGUCCUUCUGCCAAAUGAUUAGUACGUCUCUGUGUUAGUCAUGAUGGUUCUUUAAUUUUUCUAAAAGCAAAGUGCCGUAAAGAAAUUCUAGAAGAAGCAUAUACACUUCUACUUGAAUAUGGAACUUUUUGUGCUAAAUAAAUAUAUAUUGUUUUAUGUA